GCAGAGUGUGGAAAAAGUUUUACACAAAUGAGUACUCUGAAAACUCAUGAAAGGAUUCACACAGGAGAAAAACCUUUCACAUGUACAAAGUGUGGUAAAAGUUUUACACAAAUGAAUAGUCUUAAAACUCAUGAAAGGAUUCACAUCGGAGAAAAGCCUUUCACAUGUACAGAGUGUGGAAAAAGUUUUACACGAAUGGAUAAUCUGAAAACUCAUGAAAGGAGUCACACAGGGGAAAAGCCUUUCACAUGUGCAGAGUGUGGAAAAAGUUUUACAGAAAAGAAAAUUCACACAGGUGAGAAGCCACACACAUGCAAAGAGUGCGGCAAAUGUUUUACACAAAUGAAUUAUCUGAAAAUUCAUAAAAAGAUUCACACAGCAGAAAAGCCUUUCACAUGUACAGAGUGUGGUAAAAGUUUUACACAAAUUAAUAGUCUGAAAACUCAUGAAAGGAUUCACACCGGAGAAAAGCCUUUCACAUGUACAGAGUGUGGAAAAAGUUUUACACGAAUGGAUAAUCUGAAAACUCAUGAAAGGAGUCACACAGGAGAAAAGCCUUUCACAUGUGCAGAGUGUGGAAAAAGUUUUACACAAAUGAGUACUCUGAAAACUCAUGAAAGGAUUCACACAGGAGAAAAGCCUUUCACAUGUACAGAGUGUGGUAAAAGUUUUACACAAAUUAAUAUUCUGAAAACUCAUGAAAGGAUUCACAUCGGAGAAAAGUCUUUCACAUGUACAGAGUGUGGAAAAAGUUUUACACGAAUGGAUAAUCUGAAAACUCAUGAAAGGAGUCACACAGGGGAAAAGCCUUUCAUAUGUGCAGAGUGUGGAAAAAGUUUUACAGGAAAGAGUACUCUGAGAAAACAUAAAAUGAUUCACAAG